GGCCCGCGGGCCUCCCCAGCUCUGCGCGGUGCCGCCCAGGCCCGGGCCGGGUCCGGGUCCGGGCUGGGGAGGCCGGGCCGGGCCGCAGGGCGGGUGCUGGGAUGCGGGGCUGGAGACGGAACCUCUCCAUCUGCCUGCAGCGGCUGCCGGAGGAAGACGACGGGCCUUAUUCCAAAGGAGGCAAGGACACCGGCGGGGCAGAGGUGGCACUAGCAUGCCGCAGACAGAGCAUCCCAGAGGAGUUCCGUGGAGUCACCAUAGUGGAACUCAUUAAGAAAGAAGGCAGCACGCUGGGCCUGACCAUCUCGGGGGGCACAGACAAGGAUGGCAAGCCCAGGGUCUCCAACCUGAGACCUGGGGGGCUCGCAGCCAGGAGUGACUUAUUGAACGUGGGCGACUAUAUCCGGUCCGUGAAUGGGAUUCACCUCACACGGUUGCGCCAUGAUGAAAUCAUCACCCUGCUCAAGAAUGUGGGCGAGCGUGUGGUACUGGAGGUGGAGUAUGAGCUGCCUCCUCCCGUCCCCGAGGACAACCCUGGGACCUUCUCGAAGACCGUGGAUGUCUCCCUCUACAAAGAGGGUAAUAGCUUUGGCUUUGUCCUCAGAGGAGGCGCCCAUGAAGACAGUCACAAGACCCGCCCUCUUGUCCUGACCUAUGUGCGUCCCGGCGGCCCUGCUGACAGGGAGGGCUCCCUGAAAGCGGGUGACAGGCUGCUGAGUGUGGACGGGAUCCCACUGCAUGCGGCCAGUCACACGGCUGCUCUGGCCACACUGCGCCAAUGCAACCAUGAAGCACUCUUCCAGGUGGAAUACGACGUGGCCAUGCCAGAUCCAGCAGCCAACACGUCGGGGCCUGUGGUGGUGGAGAUCACCAAGACGCCAGGCUCCACUCUGGGAAUCUCCCUCACCACUGGCUUCCAUCGGAACAAGCCGGCCAUAACCAUCGACCGCAUCAGGCCAGCCAGCGUGGUGGACAGGAGUGGGGCCCUGCACGCUGGAGACCACAUCCUGUCCAUCGAUGGCACCAGCACUGAGCACUGUUCAAUGCUUGAGGCCACCAAGCUCCUCGCCAAUGUCUCUGAGAAAGUGAGGUUGGAGAUCGUACCAGCACCCCAGAGUCGGCGGCCUUUGAAACCCUCAGAGGCAGGGAAGGUGCAGCCUCACCGCUGGGAACCUGGCCCGCCUUCCUGCCAUAGCCCCCGGCCUGGUGCCUGCAGAACCCCCAGUUGGGCUGCACUCCCCGGCCAGGACCCCAGCCGAUCUUUGUCCUCCACUCCCUUUUCCUCGCCCACCAUGAACCAUGCCUUUCCCUGCGCCAACCCCAGCACCCUUCCCCGGGGCUCGCAGCCCAUGAGUCCCCGGGCCUCGGCAGGACGCAGAAGACCUCGCAGGAGGGAACACAGGAGUUCAUUGUCUCUGGCCUCCAGCACAGUGGGGCCGGGUGGGCAGAUUGUCCACACUGAGACCACGGAGAUUGUACUCUGCGGGGAUCCUCUGAGUGGCUUCGGCCUCCAGCUCCAGGGUGGUGUCUUUGCCACCGAGACCUUGUCCUCUCCGCCUCUGGUGCGCUUCAUCGAACCGGACAGUCCAGCCGAGAGGUGUGGAUUGCUGCAAGUGGGGGACCGUGUCCUGUCCAUCAAUGGUAUAGCCACGGAGGAUGGUACCAUGGAGGAGGCCAAUCAGUUGCUUCGAGACGCAGCUCUGGCCCGCAAGGUGGUGCUAGAAGUUGAGUUUGAUGUGGCCGAGUCUGUCAUCCCAAGCAGUGGCACAUUCCAUGUGAAGCUACCCAAGAGACGCGGCGUGGAGCUCGGCAUCACCAUCAGCUCCACCAGUAGAAAGCGGGGGGACCCACUCAUCAUCUCAGACAUCAAGAAAGGCAGCGUGGCACACAGGACUGGCACCCUGGAACCAGGGGACAAGCUGCUGGCUAUCGACAACAUCCGGCUAGACAAUUGUCCCAUGGAAGAUGCUGUGCAGAUCCUGCGUCAGUGUGAAGACCUGGUAAAGCUGAAGAUCCGGAAAGAUGAAGAUAACUCUGAUGAGCAGGAGACCACUGGUGCCAUCAGCUAUACGGUGGAGUUGAAACGCUACGGGGGCCCCCUGGGCAUCACCAUCUCGGGCACAGAGGAGCCAUUUGACCCCAUUGUCAUCUCAGGCCUCACCAAGCGUGGGCUGGCUGAGAGGACUGGCGCUAUCCACGUUGGGGACCGCAUCCUGGCCAUCAACAGCGUGAGCCUCAAGGGCCGACCCCUGAGUGAGGCCAUCCACCUCUUACAGGUGGCCGGAGAGACUGUUACUUUGAAGAUCAAGAAGCAGCUGGACUGUCCCCUCCCGCCCCUCAAGUCCUGCAGCCUGAGUGAGGCCAGCGACGUAGAUGAGGACCCGCCCGAGGCGCUCAGGGGGGGGCCACUGGCCACUCGUUUCUCACCCGCCGUGCCCAGUGUGGACAGUGCUGUGGAAUCCUGGGAUGGCUCAGCCAUUGAGAGUGGUUUUGGGGGCCCAGGUCCCUAUGUGCCACAGGCCACUGCCCGAAGCCUGGCCCCCCAUGAGUGGCGCCCCAGCAGAUCAAGAAGCAGCCCUGCACCCCCGGAGCCUCGAAGGAGUAGCUGCACAAUCACCCCUGCUGAUGAGAGCUUCCUGGAAGGAGAGGAGGAGUGGGGGCCGCCAGCAAGCCCCACGGCUGGCCCUGCCCGAGAGGAGGGCAUCUGGCGUGUGUUUGGGGAGGCCCUGGAGGACCUGCAGUCCUGUGGUCAGUCGGAGCUGCUGAGGGAACUGGAGGCAUCCAUCAUGACAGGCACAGUGCAGGGUAUAGCCCUAGAGGGUCGGCCUGGCCCCCGGGCCUGGCGAAGGGGCUGUGAGGUCCGAGCUGCCCCUGAUGAGAUGCCAGAACUGCUAUUGCCACCACCGCCGCCCCCCUUGGAAAUGCACAAGAUAACUCUGCUCAAGGACCCCGGAAGGAACGAUUUUGGGUUCAGCGUCUCAGACGGGCUCCUGGAGAAGGGCGUGUAUGUCCAUACUGUGCGGCCCGGUGGCCCUGCCCAGCGUGGAGGCCUGCGACCCUUUGACAGAGUCCUUCAGGUCAACCAUGUUCGCACACGGGAUUUUGACUGCUGCCUGGCUGUGCCACUCCUGGCUGAGGCUGGUGACGUCCUGGAGCUGGUUAUUAGCCGGAACCCGAUAGCCACCAGUGGGAGGACCCCACGAGCCCCAAGCCCAAGAAGUCCCCGGAUGCUGUGAAGUCAACUUGUCUCCUAGCCCCAAUUCUGUGGGGUCUUGGGUGACCAGGAGCAAGAUGCCUGCCCUACUGCUGUGACAUUUAAGUCCUUGCCUAUGUUGGACUCUAAGAUGCCCAGAAGUGUCCUGGUUAAGAGGAGUGGGGACAGGAAUGUCCUGGGGUUCCCCGUAGCAUCUCCUUGGAUAGUGCCAGUGUUGGGGGGACAGCAGAAGCAGAAGCAGCACUUUAUCCAGUAGCACCAUGAACUGAGAGUAGGUGUCAGGGAGUGAGCCCCCCAUUCUAGGAGGCAAGCAGUAGAGCUGGAAUGUCCCCCCGUGCAGUGAGUGAGGUGUGAGGCAUCCUGGGGAAGUCAUAGGACUCUUGAUGGCUGGUUUCUUGGCAACAAGGGGAGGUCUCGGGGGGAGCUGAGCUGGGGUCCCUCAUCUGGAACUGCCUGUCAGCAAGGGUGAAACUUGGGUCAGAACCCACCUCUACCCCCCAUCCAAGCUCUGGCGUUUGGGGUUUGGGGAACUCACUAGUAACCAUAGAUUCCUUAUGUUCUGAGGGUACAAGUUUUUUGGGUCUGCUGAGUUUCUGAUCCAAAGCAUCCAUGACUGCCGCUAUGGAGCCUGACUAUAGGCCUCUGGACUCUUGGACCCAGCUGGUAUUUCUCGUGGGCACCCAUCUGUCCUCACGAGCAGAGGAGCAAUUGGGGCCACUGACCUGCGGGAAAUGGAGAAUACAGGACAGGCCAUAAGAGAUGGUUCUGGAAACUUCUAGUAGUAGCAGAGAAGCAGAGGUGAGAAACAGACGCAUGGCUGCAGAUGGCUGCUCCCACUUGGCUGGAGCCAGUUGGUCGCUCAAGGAACUGGAUUUCCUCAGAAAUCUGGAAGUACCAGCAUCCCUGAAAAUCAUUUUCCACGGUUUCCUGUGACUAGAAGCCCCUUUGCUAUUGAAAGAACGUGGCACCCUCACCCCAUCUGAAGGAGGCAGGGCUAGGGUUUUGCUCGGCCCCCACCCAACUCUUUGUGGAAGUCUCAGGAAAGUGGGGUACCCAUUCCCACCUGUACCAUCCCUCAUCCCAAAAUGCCGGGGACUUCAUGAUCAGGAUAUACCUGUUGGGUUUCUGGGGGACCCUCAGGGCAGUGAAGAGGCUAACAGUUUCUGAGUGGGUACUAAUGUCCCAAGUCAGUGUCAGCACCUUCUGUUCCCUCCCCACAGGAUCCCCCAGCACUUCCCCUCUCUUCUCUGUACCCCUUUCUGUCCUCCUGGAGAACCCCUCAGGGGUCACUGGCUGCGUGGAGCCUCAGCUCUCAGAUCGCAGGGCACCAAGCAAAGACCAAAUGUGAUAAAGAUGGGGCAGGCCACUGGGGGGGAGAGAGGGACAUGCCCUGGGCAGGCACAUGCUCUGGGCCUCUGCCAGGAAAGGUGGGUGUCAGGGUGGGUGGGCGGGUCCUCUUCCUGCCCCCUCAUCAAACUCAGACCCCCUCUCCGCCCGUUCCCCAGAUGUAUGCAACCAGGCGGGUUCCCCUGGCCCAGCCAGGCUUCUUAUAUGCAAUACUAUACUCCCUCCAGCUUCUCCUGGGGUCCUUUGUUCCAGACAUUUCCCAGCACCCCUCCCUGGGUGUCCUGCCUGCCUGCGUUUUGGGUCCAGCCCUUGCAACAUGGCCCUGCCCCUCAAAGCUGUAUUUUUCUCUGGCUGAGAUUAGAGCAUAUUCCUUGUAAAGUAUUUUUCUACCUGGGGUUUUCUUAGGGCCGUCGAGAAGCACAAUAGGGCAUGGGCCAGGCCAUCCAGGGCCUGGGGUAGGGCGUACGCAGCUCUGUCCCCUGGUUCCACUGGAGCAAAGGUGGCUGGGAUUUUUAAAAAAUAAACAAAUUCAAAUGCA